CGGUUCAGUGAUCUGUGAAGUUUAGCUUUUAUGCUAAUUUGAAUUCUGGUAACUUGACUGGCCUUUUUCAUUUGAUUGUUCUGGUUCUGCAUUUCAUUAGUUCAACAAACAACAAACAACAAUAACAACAUACUCAGUGAAAUCCCACAAAGUGUGUGAUGGUGAGUUCCGAGAGCUUAAGUGAGUCUGCUGCACCACCACCAAAGAAAUAUGGUGUCACAAAGCCAUUAUCUCUUGCUGGACCCACUGAGGCAGAUCUUCAAAGAAAUGCAGAACUAGAAAAGUUUUUGAGGGAAUCAGAAUUGUAUGAGAGUGAGGAAGAGACUGCUAGGAGAGAAGAAGUACUGCAGCGACUUGACGAGAUUGUAAAACAAUGGGUCAAACAAUUGACUCGCCAGAGAGGCUACACAGAUCAAAUGGUUGAGGAUGCAAAUGCUAUCAUAGUCACCUUUGGCUCUUAUCGUCUAGGGGUUCAUGGACCAGGAGCUGACGUUGACACAUUGUGUGUUGGUCCCUCCUAUGUCAAUCGAGAAGAAGAUUUCUUUAUCCUUCUUCAUGAUAUUUUAGCUGAAAUGGAAGAAGUUCGUGAACUUCAACCAGUUCCCGAUGCUCAUGUCCCUGUUAUGAAAUUCAAAUUUCAAGGGAUAUCAAUUGAUCUUCUUUAUGCAAGUAUAACUCUCUUGGUUAUUCCUGAAGAUUUGGAUAUCUCAGACCAAUCUAUACUCUAUAAUGUGGAUGGACCAACUGUUCGAAGUCUGAAUGGUUGCCGAGUUGCUGAUCAAAUACUGAAACUAGUUCCCAAUGCUAAGAUGUCUGAAGUUCUGGGCCAAAAGACGUGGUGUUUAUUCCAAUGUGAGUUCCUAGUCCCUCGAACCAUCUCAGUGGUUACUGGAUUUCUUGGUGGGGUGAAUUGGGCUCUUUUGGUUGCUCGCAUUUGCCAGUUUUACCCAAAUGCAAUCCCUAGUAUGCUUGUUUCUAGGUUCUUCCGUGUUUAUACACAAUGGCGUUGGCCAAAUCCUGUGAUGUUAUGCCCAAUAGAAGAGGAUGAACUUGGGUUUCUUGUUUGGGAUCCACGCAAGAAUCCUAAAGACAGAACUCAUCAUAUGCCAAUCAUCACUCCUGCCUACCCUUGCAUGAACUCUAGCUAUAAUGUCUCACCAAGCACUCUUCGAGUAAUGAUGGAUCAAUUUCAGAUUGGUAACAAGAUUUGUGAGGAUGUGGAGUUGAAUAAAGCACAGUGGCCUGCUCUUUUUGAGCAUUAUUUUUUCUUUGAGGCGUACAAAAACUAUCUCCAGGUUGAAAUCGUAGCAGCAGAUAAUGGUGAUUUGCGAGCUUGGAAAGGCUGGGUGGAAUCACGGCUUCGACAACUCACGCUAAAGAUUGAGCGGGACACCAAUGGGACGUUGCAGUGCCAUCCUUAUCCUAAUGAAUUUGUGGACAUGUCGAAGCCAUGCCCGCAUUGUACUUUUUUCAUGGGUUUGCAGAGGCAAAAGGGUGUCAAAGUACAAGAAGGUCAACAGUUUGAUAUUCGUGGAACAGUCGAUGAGUUUAAGCAAGAUGUAAGCAUGUACUCUUAUUGGAGACCGGGCAUGGAUAUCUAUGUCUCGCAUGUUCCUAGGAGGGAAAUUCCUGCUUAUGUCUUUCCUGAUGGGUAUAAGAGACCACGUCAAUCUAGAAAUACAAUUCAGCAUACUCCCGAGACAGAUGCCAAAGGUUGCAUGUCUUCUGAAGAAAGGCGUUCAAAGAGGAAGCAGGAAACCCAUACAGUUGAUGUACAGUCCGACAAACUGCCGAAACGUGCUUCUAUUAGUCCUCAAGAUAUAGGAUCUGUGUCUCCUGCAAGUGUUUCUAGUCGGUCAGGCGGAUCAUCACAGAUAAUCACUCCUGAGGAGUCACUCCAGGAGGUUAAGACUGCUGGCCUUCAAAACCAAAGUUCUGAUGAUAAAUCAACAGAGGAUACUGGGGAGCAGAAACCAUGCAUUUCUGAGUGAAAUGAAAAUUCCAGUCUGAUAGUUUAGACAUCACCACAUCAAGGAACUUGUUGGAAGUUAUAAAAGAAGGUUUUCUUGACCAGUCCAACAUAACAUUCUUCCGUUGCCAGGAGGCGCUUAGUACUUGGGAACAAUGUUCUAGAGGUGCCCCAGCUUCGCAGGCUAUGCAGGAAGGUGGAUAAUGAUGACCAGGUCGAUGGACCAGGUAUACAAACUUGAGGUGGGUGGAUGGUGUGAAGGAGUUGAAAUGUGCUCGCAUCAAAUUCCAAAAUUCAAAACCUCUCGAGGAGUCUCUGAGUUUUUGACUCACGAAUAGUGGCCGAUGGCAGUGAGAGACUGGAAGCUUUGAGUCGUUGCAGGAUGAUACAAGCUUCGCAGACUAGAUUUCAGUUGUGGGAUGGAUGUCGAAGUGAUAAUCGGAUAGUGCAUGAACUACACUACAAAUCCAGCAGCAGGGGUUAAAGGCAGCACAACUUCAUCAAAUUAGCAAAAUCAAGAUUUCCCCCAGACAACAAAAAAUCAACAGCAAGAGAGAGUAGAACUAGAAAGCAGCACCAGAGUCCAGCAGCAUAGCUAUUGAGGUGACAGAAGUUUGAAAAUUUG